UCAAGAGGAGAGCGAGAGGGGAGGUCUAGGAGCUUGGCGCUCGGUGAUUUUGGAAGGAGAUCAUGUCGAGCAAGCAAGGUGGGAAGUUGAAGCCUCUCAAAGCUCCCAAAUCCGACAAGAAGGAUUACGACGAGGAGGAUAAGGCGCACAUCGCGAAGAAGAAAGAAGAGGAGAAGGCAAUGAAGGAACUCAAGAGCAAGGCCUCCGGGAAAGGCCCUCUCACCAGUGGCGGCAUCAAAAAGAGUGGGAAGAAGUAGCCCCGUACGGCCUUCGUACGGUAUGGCUGUAAAAUCCCCUUCCGUAAUGACAAGCUAAGUCGCAUUUUGUGUCGUCC